UGAUAAUAAAAUAUGUGAGCGCGUGCACCGCACCAUGCACACUGAUCUGUGUACAGAAAUACAGAUCAGCGACGGAUGCACCAUUGCAUAUGCGCAAUUAUAUCUACAUUAAAUCAGCAUGGGGAAGGAUAAAAGAACAAAGAAGGUUGCUACCAUGAAGCGCAUGAUAUCUCUGAAAGAUUCGAGAAUAAAAGCAAAGGACAGAGAAAAACCCAAGGAGAAACCCAAAUGGAAAGUAGAUAAAGAAAUGGCAUCCAAACUGAAAGAGAGGGAAGUUCCCCAGUACUCCUCAGCUCUCUUCUUCAAGUACAACACCCAACUAGGUCCUCCUUACUACGUCAUCGUAGAUACCAACUUUGUCAACUUCUCCAUCAAGAACAAGAUAGACCUUGUGCAAGGCAUGAUGGAUUGCCUCUAUGCAAAGUGUAUACCAUGCAUUACAGACUGUGUCAUGGCUGAGAUUGAGAAGCUGGGCAAGAAGUACAAUGUAGCUUUACGAACGGCCAAAGAUCCAAGGGUAGAACGGCUUCCAUGCAUGCACACAGGGACAUAUGCUGAUGACUGCAUUGUGCAAAGAGUUACACAGCACAAAUGUUAUAUUGUUGCAACUUGUGACAGAGAUUUGAAGAGGAGAAUACGAAAGAUUCCAGGAGUGCCCAUCAUGUAUCUCUCUCAACAUAGGUACACAAUUGAAAGGAUGCCAGAUGCCUUCGGUGCUCCUAAAGUAUGAUCAGAAUAUCAAAACUAGUCUCUUAUUCCAGACUCACAUCUCAACUGGAAAUUUGAUAUGACGACAGCAGCCCAUAACCACUUUUUAUAAGGAUCAGGACCUAUCCUUGAGAUGGUUAUAAAGCUCCGAUACAACUAAUUCAGUCGGCUUAGUAAAACUGUUGGUGCACGACAAGACAGCUGCAAGGAACUUUGUGGAAUGUACCUUCAACCAGCUUCUGCUUCAAAGGACUAAUUGAUCGCAACCCUUUACAAGUACAGACUUUCCUGUGUGACUGUCAUUUUCUUGGAGUUUGUUAUCAGGCUCUGACGUUAGGAGAAUCAUCUUGGUAGAAAUAUUGUUGCACGAUAUAAUGUCUGCAAGGACACUCAUGAGAUUUUGCUUCACCCUGCUUCCACAUUUAGUGAGGAGAUCUAUUUGUCUUCUUUCAAUACUUUAAAACAUGAAACAACUAGUUGGAGCAAUGAAGCAUUAUAAAUGGUGUCAUUCAGCACAUAGGAAUGCUGAAUUGCAUACAAAUAAUGGGAAAGUUUCAAGAAAUUUCAAGUCAAAGUGAUUGCCAAUAAUCACCUCACUUCCCCUCAUUAAAAUUAUGUACCGGUACAUGUAUCAGUUAUUGCACCCAGCCUGGGCCCUGUAAUCUGAUAAAAAAUGAAAAGUCUUUUAACCUCAUGUCAUCCAAAAAUAAAAAAUCAUUUUGAUGUGACCAUUGACAAUUAGUUCUUUCUGGUUCCACUUCCAUUCAAUUCAUCAUUUCAUUUUUGGAUGAAGGAAAUGGAUAAAAGGUGCGUUUCAUACAGGAGAUCAUUCACAUAUUCAACUUAUCAUCAAACCACUUAUUUUCACCUGCAAGGACAUUAAUGCUUCUUUUUAUUUCUUGAGAAUACCCGGUACAAGUAUGGAAAUGCAUGAACAUAACCAGUGCUCUCUUUCAUAUGAGCUGAAAUAGAUAGUACUCUACAAUGUAGGAUGUGAAUGUAGAGUUUCACUUCCUUUGUAAUAAACAAAGUCUUGACACAUUUGUUGAGGUUUAUAUAUCUUUAUUUACAAAUACAACUCUUUACACAAACAUCAAUUUGUAGACAAUAUUAUUUGUGCCAAAGAGGACAAUAUAUACAUGAUAUUUCAGUCAGAUAUUACAGAAAAUGUCUACUUUUUACAGAUAAGUAGUGUAAAUUUUCUCUCAGAUCUUUAAUAUUAUCUGUUAACAAAAGCCUCUUUUAUAAUUGAUUAUAAAGGGAAGGGCCACAUGUACAGUGUACUGUAGGCUCCCAUAAAUAGGUGUCGCCCUGGCACAUUGAACAUUCACCUCCGGUUUUUUUAAACCCUAUAAUAAUUGGCAUUUAUUUGACAUAUCACCAGUGGUCUGUUAAUUAUUUGAUCAUGUUCUGGUAUGUUGUAAUAUGGAGAAGCUCUAUUACUGGCUUGUAUUUAGUAAAUCUCAUUUUUUUUCUUGGUUCUCUUUUUUGACUCGCUAUGUAAUAAAUAAGUGACAAUAAUUUGUACAUAAAAGUAGAUAUACAUGUAUUAAACUACACAGAAAUCCAAA